CCGACUAGCACAUGGUCACGCGCCCGUUCCUCUGCUUCCUCGUUCUCGGUGCCCUCGCCGAAAUCUCUGAAAAAAGAAAGCUUGGGCGGCGGAGGAGGAGGAGGAGGAACUACUACUACUACCACUGAAGGAAAGCAGCAACGGAAUACUACUACUACUACAUUUGCAGCUGCCGCUGCUGCCGUUGUUGCUGCUGCUGCUGCUGCUGCUGGUACUACCCCUGGGCCCGCCAAAAAGGUAAAAAAAGUUACGGAGUGUUCCGGCCCUUUAUCCCCCAGUCAGUGUACUAAAAAAAUAAAAAAUUCGGCGAAUGGGGGUUGGGGAUAGACACCAUGGCGAAGUCCUGGCAAAUGGCAGAUGCCAGAUAUCAUUGAAGAAGCAUGGAAGCGCCGUCAACAACAAUUACAACACGAAAAACAAAAUACUCAGCAUCAUAGCAACAACAACUCUAAUCACCAUUCCCAUAAUAACUACAACAACAACACUAAUAAUAAUAACAAUACGAAUAAUAAUAAUGACAAAAAGAAGACGACUGUCCCAAAGAUAACUCGACCGUGGAUUCCCGUCGGCCGAGUGCCUGACAUUGUCCCUCUCCCACCGCCAAUCACAUCGUCACAAACAACACGGACCAACCGAAAAAUCCUACAUCCCGAGUUUGAAAAUAAAAUGCGCAAGGUAUUACCACGGCCCAAAAUCAUGGAUGCCAAUCCGCAUAAACAUUACGUUUCCAUGGUGAGAAUUGGUAGUGGUGCCAAUGGAGCUGUGGUUCGCGCUACAAGACAAAACACACCAGCGAACAAAGGUCAGGUGGCGAUCAAGCGGUGUCUGAUUGAAGAUCACGACACAAACCAUCAUACCUAUGUGCUGCGAGAGCUGCGUAUCAUGGGGUGUUUCAAUCAUCCCAAUCUGAUCCAGCUCAAGGAGGCCGGCAUGUGGAAGGACGAUCUGUGGAUGGCCAUGGAGCUCAUGCAGUGUUCUGUAUUUAAUCUCUUAUUUAAUACGACAAAGGGCCUGUCUGAAGCCAUGACCAUUGCGAUUGCCAAAGAGUGUUUGGAAGGCCUCAUCUAUCUGCAUUCGAAAAACUACAUGCAUCGCGAUGUAAAGUGCGAAAACAUUCUUCUUGGCAGAGACGGUCAGGUCAAACUCGCUGACUUUGGUCUCGCUACGCCUUUGAACAGAACAAACAGUGCACGAUUAGGAACUGCAAAGUGGAUGGCACCCGAAGUGAUUGCUGAAGAACCCUAUACCGAAAACGUGGACGUAUGGUCGUUGGCUAUCACCAUGAUUGAAAUGAUGGACCGCGUGCCACCUCUUUACCAUUUGGACGAUACCCGCCAGAUCUUUUACCAGAUCUUGUAUGGCAAGCCUCCCUCGUUUACCUUUACCGAACCGUCACCCACCAUGAACAGCGUGAUCCGUUGGAUGCUUGAUUUUGAAGGACAGAGUCGUCCGGGUGCCCGAUGUGUGCGAACAAAAUUGAAGGAAUUGGUGCUUGCAAACAAAUUGCAGUGUGCCAAACAAUCUGAACUUGGGCAACUGGUCCAAAGUGUAUUUGCGAAUUCCCAUUAAAUCAAAAAGUCCAUACCCAAAGCAUGAAGGAAACCUUCUAUACACGCACACGCACUCUUAUAUCCGUUUACAUUGCCUCAACGACACACCGACGACAAAUGACGACGACGACGACGACGACGAUCUCCUGCAUGUAACAAACGCUUGUCUUUCUCUUUCAACACAAGUUCCCCGCUCUCUCUUUUGAGAAAAAAAAAAAAAAGUUUCUUCUCCUAUUCCUUUCUUUUCUCCUACUUUUUUCUCUUAUACAUACAUAUAUAUAUAUAUAUUAUAUAUAUAUAUAUAUCCUCUUGUACAUAAAUGUAAAAGCU